AUGGAGGAAAAUUGUCAAACCUUGAAUCAUUUAUUGAAAAACAACAACAACAACGACGACAACAGUACUGUCUCAACCACCGCCAUCCCAAUCAUUAACAAAUAUGUAGUAUCAGAGAAUGAAGACAAAGACAACAAUUGUUACAAUGAAAUCAAAGAAAUCAACAAAAUCAACAAUAACAAUCAAACAAAGAUGUUGCUGGAUUAUAUUGGCAAAGCGGACUGUAAUGAUGUUGGAGAUAAAAGAGAAUUGGUAGAAUACUUGGUGAUGGUUCAUCGCUCUCGUGCUUGGAUUCCUCAAUCGUCAAUGAUGAUUCAUCAAACGGAUGAAAUCAACCAUUGGUCCUCUUCGUCCAUUCUAGGAAAGAGAAAACAAUUCGAAGAGACAGUAAAUCUAGAUGAAAAUCAAGAGAUACAAGAAGAGGAGAAAGAAAUUGUCAACUUUGGUGAAUUGUUGUACACGGAAUUUGACGACGUCGAGGUUGAAGAUGAAGGAGAAGAAUGUUACGAGGAAGGUGAAGAAGAAGAAGAAAAAGAAAAAGAAGAAGAAGAAGAAGAUGAUGAUGAUGAAGAUGAAUUCUCGUUUGAGAUUGAGUAUUUACCAGCAACAAUUCAAAGCAAUAUGUUGGCUACCGAUAUAAGAUUCACUCGAAUCGAUGGAAAGGAAGAUGACGAGCCAAUAAUCUUUAAAAACAAGCAACAACUUCAAGAAUUUGUGUGUCACCAGGAACUACGAACGUUUCUCAUUAGAUCACAGAGAAUCAUAUCUGACAGGUUGGUUGGUACAGAUAAUAAGAAAUUUCGGUUGCAUCUUGGAUCUGUCUCACCUUCAAGUGUUGACGAAUUUUUAAUGGGUCAUAACCCUGACAGGAUAGCGAAAACCACCAUGAAAUAUUACAUUUCCAAGAAUAAGUAUUUGCCACCUUUAAAUACAGCUCACUAUCAAAUGACAUUUGAUUUACAAAAGGAAAAGGACAGCAAAGGAAAAGAGAUCAUCCACAAGUAUACGCAUCAAUACACCAAGGCUGUAUUUAGAUCAUUUAUACAAAUAGAACAAGUUGUGGUCGAUCUUGAAAUUUUUGAAUCGUUUGGUAACGAUUGCUACUUCGUUUGGGUCGAGAGAGUAGUUGCGAUCGUCAAAGUCGAAUUGCACAUUCAGGUGGUGGCACCAUGUGCGAUGGAAGAGUAUAGCAACAGCAUUGACAUAGCGUCUGUGAUGUGUUCUCUGCUUGGUGAAGUUGAGAGCGUGGACAUUCCACUGCACUAUGUUGUCGGUCCAGUCGAGAAUCAACUUGCUAAACAGUGGGUUCGUGGUUGGGAAAAUCCAGGUGGUAUUGUUACUUUGUUGCCAAACGGAGCUUUCGUAACAACAACUUAA